AAGCUUGAUGGGGCAGAAGCCCUGUGGGACAGGAAAAACCCCAUCUACCUCCGUCCCUCCCUCCACCAUCCCUGUCACCCUGGCUAGACUGAGGGGGUGACCAGUGCUUCUGGGACGACCCCCCCUGCUGACCAGCUCUGUGCAAGAAGAAAUACCUUGGAGACCAGAUGUGUCCACUUGUGACACCCGGCCCCCUGGGCCAGAGCCGCACUUUGUGAAGGGUGAUGUUUGCAUUUUGACGGAUGCUUCUUGGGAUCCAGAGAGGCUGAACCACCAAUGGCUCAAGAAAAGAAGGUGGAGGAGCCUGACAGAAGCACGGACAUCACCCCAGCUCCUCCCAAGCUGUGGAGCACUCAUUGUGAUGAAGAGGUGCUCCUGAGGCUCUCCAGACAUGGGCCUGGCCACGAGACCCCGAUGACAAUUCCCGAGCUCUUUCAGGAGUCUGUCGAGCGAUUUGGUGCUUACCCAGCUCUGGCCUCGAAGAACGGCAAAAAGUGGGACACGCUGACAUUUAGUCAGUACUACGAAGCGUGCCGCAAGGCAGCCAAAUCUCUCAUCAAGAACCACAUGGCUGGUGCUGCCAGGUCCUGCUGCCUCUUGUGGUGGAGCCUGGACCCCGACCUUUGUGUGCACGUGAUUUGGCUCAUUGCUGCUUUCCUCUGCUGCCUGGGCCUGCAGCGCUUCCAAGGAGUCGGCCUCCUGGGCUCCAACUCCCCUGAGUGGGUCAUCGGCGCCAUUAGUGCCAUCUUUGCUGGGGGCCUCUGCGUUGGUAUUUACGCCACCAACUCGGCGGACGCCUGCCAGUAUGUCAUCGAGCAUGCCAGGCUGAACAUCCUGCUGGUGGAGAAUGACCAACAGCUGCAGAAGAUCCUGUCGAUUCCACCAGACCAGAGGGAGUCUGUGAAAGCCAUCGUGCAGUACAAGACGCCCUUGGAGGACAGCUUCAGGAACCUGUACUCCUGGCAUGACUUCAUGGAGCUGGGUAGCGACAUCACCAACGUGCAGCUGGACCGCAUCAUCUUGAGCCAAAAGGCCAACCAGUGUGCAGUCCUCAUCUACACCUCGGGCACCACAGGGAACCCCAAAGGGGUGAUGCUGAGCCAUGACAAUAUCACGUGGACCGCAGGGGCCAUGAGCCGGGAGCUGGAGCUGAGCCACCACAUCUUGGGGCAGCAGAACACGAUAGUCAGCUACCUGCCCCUCAGCCACAUCUCGGCCCAGAUGCUGGACAUCUGGGUCCCCAUCAAGGUCGGGGGGCUCACUUUCUUCGCCCAACCGGAUGCACUCAGGGGCACCUUGGUGUACACCCUUCAGGAGGUGAGGCCUACUGUUUUCUUGGGGGUGCCUCGUGUCUGGGAAAAGAUGCAGGAGAACAUCAAGGAAAAUGUAUCCAAGUCCUCCAGUCUGAGGAAGAAGGCCUUCGCAUGGGCAAAGAUGCUUGGCUUGAAGGUCAACACCAAGCGGAUGCUGGGGAAGCAAGACAUCCCCAUGAACUACCGCAUGGCCAAGGCGCUUGUGUUCACGAAGGUCAGGACCUCCCUGGGGCUGGACAAUUGCCACUCCUUCUUCAGUGGGGCUGCGCCCCUCUCCCAGGAUGUUGCGGAGUUCUUCCUCAGUCUGGACAUCCCCAUUGGCGAGAUGUACGGGAUGAGCGAGAGCUCUGGACCCCACUCAGUCUCCAACAAGAACUGCUACAAGGUUUUGAGCUGUGGCAGGAUCUUGAAUGGAUGCCAGAACAUGCUAUACCAGCAGAACAAGGACGGCGUGGGUGAGGUAUGCAUGUGGGGCCGGCACGUCUUCAUGGGCUACCUGGACAUGGAGGAUGCUACCCUGGAAGUUCUCGACGACGAUGGCUGGCUGCACUCUGGGGACUUGGGCCGUAUGGACAGCCAAGAUUUCCUUUACAUCACCGGCCGAAUCAAAGAGAUCCUGAUCACUGCUGGUGGUGAAAAUGUGUCCCCUACCCCCAUCGAGACCCUGGUGAAGGAGAAGAUCCCCAUCGUCAGCAACGCCGUGUUGGUGGGUGACAAGGCCAGGUUCCUGAGCAUGCUGCUGACACUGAAGUGUGAGACAGACCAGAUGAGUGGAGAGCCCCUGGACAAGCUGAGCUCGGAAGCCAUCAACUUCUGCCAGGCGCUGGGCAGCACGGCAACCACGGUGUCAGCCGUGGUGAAGCUUCGGGACCCGCUGAUCUACACAGCCAUCCAGUGUGGCAUAGACAUCGUGAAUCAGGAAGCGCAAUCUGACGCGCAGAGAGUUCGGAAGUGGACUGUCUUAGAGAAAGACUUUUCCAUCCAAGGUGGAGAGCUGGGGCCGACGUCAAAACUCCGGAGACGUAUCAUAACCCAGAAAUACAGAACCCAAAUCGAUUCCAUGUACCUGUGACCUCUGUGGCAGGAGCCUCCUCGAUGUCCUCGUGGUAGACCUCAUCUCAGUGGUUGACUCCUCCGCCCAGGGAGACCCCUCCCAAGCAGAAGAAGCUAGACCACCCGCUGCUGUUGGUCUGGCCUCAGUUUCCACAGCAGGAGGCCCAGGACAGAGACACUGGAACUGACAGACUUUCCGGCCUUGAGAGGAGUGGCAGUGUGGCCAGGCUGCAGCAGAGUCCUCCCCCCUAGGACUUUGCAUUAGAAAGAAAAUGCUUCAGAGGGGUGAAGAACUGGACCCCAAAACACCUUCCCGGGAGCAACUUGGAAACUUCUCAAACAAGUUGUAGUCAGGCACA